UUCUAGUGAUUUCAAUGGGUAGCCUAUCAUAUGCACCUUAUCCCCACUUCUGUCAAGCUUCUUUUAAAGUCCGUGGCGAUGAAGAAGGUUGUGGUAGUCACCGGAGCCAGCAGCGGCAUCGGCUUGGCCUUCUGUGAGCGGCUGCUCUCUGAAGACGAUGACCUUCAUCUGUGUUUAGCGUGCAGGAACCUGGGGAAGGCCGAAGCUGCCCGAAGAUCUCUGCUGUCUUCACACCCGGCGGCUGAGAUCAGUCUGCUCCAGAUCGAUGUUGCCAACCUGCAGUCCGUGUUUCAGGCCUCCCAGGAACUCAAGCAAAGGUUUGACCGUCUAGACUACCUCUAUGUGAAUGCUGGGAUUAUGCCAAAUCCACAGUUGAAUUUAAAAGCACUUUUUUUGGGCCUCUUUUCAAGAAAAGUAUUUCAUAUGUUCUCUACAGCUGAUGGCCUGUUGACCCAGGAUGACAGAGUCACUGCAGAUGGACUGCAGGAAGUGUUUGAAACCAAUGUUUUCGGCCACUUUGUUCUGAUUCGGGAGCUGGAGCCUCUGCUUUGUCGCCCUGACAUCCCAUCUCAGAUCAUCUGGACAUCUUCUAGCAAUGCUAAGAAAACUAAUUUUAGCCUUGAAGAUUUUCAGCAUGCUAAAGGCCAUGAACCCUACAGCUCUUCUAAGUAUGCUACUGACCUUCUGAGUCUGGCUUUGAACAGGAAUUUUAACCAGCAGGGCCUGUAUUCCAGUGUAAUAUGUCCAGGAACUGUGCUGACUAAUUUGACUUAUGGAAUUCUGCCACCUUUCAUCUGGACACUCUUGACUCCAAUCAUAUUUUUGCUGCGCUUUUUUGUAAAUUCUUUAACAAUCACACCUUACAAUGGAGCAGAAGCUUUGUUAUGGAUUUUCCAACAAAAGCCUGAGUUUCUGAAUCCCUUGACCAAAUAUCAUAGUGCUACCACAGGUCUUGGAAAUAAUUAUGUGAACCCUCAGAAGAUGGAUCUGGAUGAAGAAACUGCUGAAAAGUUUUACCAAAACUUGCUGGACCUGGAAAAGCACUUUGGGGCCAUCAGAGCCAAGUCACUGGAUAGCAGGAGUCAAAAAUGAACUUAGUUAAACAUUAAAUGCUUUCAUUCUGA